AGCGGGCAGGAAGCCCUGCCGGGGAGGGAAGGGGAGGGACGGGGCGCCUGGAGAGGCUCCGCGGGCAGCGCCGCCACACAGCGAGGCAGCGGCGGCGGCGGCAGCAGCAGCAGCGAUCGCCCUUCCCCGGCCAUGGGGCUCGCCGGCCCGCCGGCCCCCCGCGUCCCACCGUUGCAAACUGCUCUCCAUGGCUUAAAUGGACAUCAAAGCAUAUCUCUUUGCUGGAAUGUACACCCCUGGAUGAUCUGAUCCUUCGAGAACUAACUUCCAAGAAAAAAAAAAAACCAGCACUCCCCUCUUCUUUCUACAGUUUGCUUACUUUAAUUUACACACAGAAAACCUACAUUUCAAAGCUGAUAUUGCUCCCCUGUAAAUCAUCUAGUACGUGGAAGGACAAAGGUCUGUCUUCGUUGAACCCCCAUUGGGAGAAGUUAGCAGCAGGUCACAAAGAGCUGGAAGAGACUUUGGAAGCACUGUGAGAAGGUGAAAUACCCAGCUUUGCUUUUUUUAAGCCCAUUUGGGGGAAAUGAAGAUUAUUCCUUUGUGGAUGGGGGUAGUGCAGUCGGUAUGUUCAGCCUAAGCCCGGGUUGGUAACUGGCAGGCACCUGCAGCACCCUUCGCUUUUUGCCUUACACUGAAUCCUACAUCAUACUUGGUCAGCUGCACCGGCAGACACCGAGUGAGAAAGAUGGUUGUUGUACGGAGGAGGAACGUGAAAAUGUUUACCUUUGCCUUUUUGCUCAUCACACUAACGUCAUUUCUGCUGAACUACACAAACCAGGUGACCACAACCACCUGGGAUCUCAGACAUGUCAUCAUGCAGUUUUCAGAGCAAGUCCAAAAACUCUUCAAAUACCCCAGGAGACCAUGCAGCUGUCACACGUGUGUUUCUGAGCUGGGAUGCUCCCUCUGGUUUGAUCAGAGAUUUAAUUCAACUAUGCAACCUUUCCUGACCUCACAAAAUGCCUUGAUCCCAGAAGACAGCUACAGGUGGUGGCUGAAAUUGCAAGGAGAGAAAACUCCGAAGAAUAUUAAUGAAACGCUCAAGGAAUUGUUUGAGAUCAUUCCGGGGGAUGGGGAUCCACUGCAGGAGCAAGGCACUUACACAUGCAGACGAUGUGCUGUCGUGGGCAACUCUGGCAACCUUCUGCAAUCUCAGUAUGGCCAAGAUAUUGAUUCCCAUGACUUUGUGCUCAGAAUGAACCGUGCUCCCACCGCUGGCUAUGAAUCAGAUGUCGGGAGCAAGACCACUCACCACUUCGUUUACCCCGAGAGCUACAAAGAGCUGGCAGAAAAUGUGAGCAUGAUCUUGAUCCCCUUCAAAACACUGGACCUACGCUGGGUUGUCACCGCUCUCACCACAGGCACCAUCAACUUCACGUAUGUUCCAGUUCCACGGAAAAUCAAAGUCAAAAAAGAAAAGAUCCUGGUUUAUAAUCCAGCUUUUAUGAAAUAUGUCUAUGAAAACUGGCUCCAGCAUCAUGGGAGAUACCCCUCCACAGGCCUUCUGUCUUUGGUGUUUGCACUCCACGUAUGCGACGAGGUGAACGUGUACGGGUUUGGAGCAGACAGCAAAGGACACUGGCAUCAUUACUGGGAAAACAACGCUUCAGCUGGGGCUUUCCGGAAGACAGGUGUCCACGAUGGAGAUUUUGAAUUCAAUGUAACGUUGACUCUUGCCUCCAUUGAAAAAAUAAAUUUUUUCAAGGGCAGAUGACCCUGGCCACAGCGAGAAGCGGGGGCUGCAAUUUCCAACAUGCAGCAGAACAAAGCUCAGUGAGGAUGAUCUGGGCACCAGCCAGGUUUGAAUGCGUGGGUUCGGAGUGUCUCACUGCUGCGAUGCUCACUGCUGGGAGCUUGGCUGAGGACUGGCUUCCACGCUGCACGUGAUUUCCUAUCUACCGAUAGCUGGGAACUACCAAACAGCUGUGGGAAUAAAUGAAUCUCUUCUUAGGCUCUAUGGCUUGAUUCUUGAAUUACUGAUGAAGGACCUGCCUGUUGCAAUUAGGGGAAACCUGGGCACAGGAGCUGCUGUUUGUGUCUCCAUUCUUUCCUCAAGUAAGGCAGGAGGUCCUUGAAGAAGAGUGAAAACAACUUCUGGUACUUGAGACCCACUAGGGCAGCUGUGAACAUCAUAGUAAGGAUUACCUCAAAGAAAUGUAUUCACUUCUGCAGUUCUUUUUGAACUGUCUCUUCUGUUUCCUCUAUUACUUCUAGUUUCAUGCUGUAUUAAGGAAAAACAGGAUGAAGUUGCCUGGAGUAGUAAAUAUUUCAAACAUCGCCUCAUUCUGCAUUGAUAGUAUCUAGAAAAUACAGAUGAAAUCAUCUCUGAUCAUAUAUUAUUUAAUAUUGCUUCCUAUGCAGCCAUAAUGAGAGAGAAAACAAUACUGAAAACUCCAGCAAAAAAAUGGCCUUUUCAGCCACUUGUUUGUUUGUCUUGUUUGGUUAUAUAUAAUUCUUACGUCUUUCUUUUUUUUUUUUUUUUGAAAAUACUCUGGAAUGCUCAUUUUUAUUUAAUCUGUUUAAGGAUGGAAAGUGGACUUUUUGCUUUCAGUCGUUUAUAUGUGCCUUUUAUAAUUGUGCAACACGUGAUUUUUUUUUAAGAUGACAAACCCUAAAUUAAACUUUUUUAUAAAAGGGGGGAAAAUUAACCAAAGUUUAGCCUCCGUGUGGUAUACUUUUAUAGUCAAAACCAAUAAUAACAGCUCCUAUAUUGCUUUUGAGCAGACACAAAUGAGUCUAAUUUUUAAAGGUAGCUUUUACCUUUUUUUUUUUUUUUUUUUUUAAUGGGAAAAUAUCCGAAAGAUCCAAGGAAACUUUUCUUCUUAUUUUUUUACAGAUUUAGAAAGUGGUAUCUCUUUACAAGGUCCCUAUUUGAAAUGGAAGAAAUAUCAUGGGUUGGGAUAUCAGCUAGUAAUACAGUAGGAAUCUUUUGCCCUGUAUCAGCACCUACAAGGAGCCAAUCUACGCAAGCUGAUCCUACAGUGUAAGCCAGACUUCAAAAUUAUGUGCCUCUCUGGAGGAAUGAGUGAAUUAAUGUCUGUACUGCUAGGCAGCAAGAGGAGGGAAGUGACAGUGGAAGUUUUAUAUCCACAGAUUUUUUUUCUGGAAUCAACAUAUUUAAUCCUCAAGGACAGAUAAAGUAUGAAUCCAAGAAAAAAGUUCAAGUAGUGAAGAAUGGAGAACGGUGGUUUUUUCUUCCCGAUAUCAUGAGAACAGGAUUAAUGGAAUAUUGACCUGUUUUCAGCUCUGGUAAAGCCAAUGGAGUUCUUGCCACAGACUUCAACGGACUUUAGAUCAGGCUAGGAAAAAAUGGCUCAUUUCAUUUUUAAUUGACCUGAGCUCCCUUUGCUCUGCAUGCAUGACCCCUCAGUUCAGCUGUAUGGACAGGGCAGGAUUUUCAAAUCAUCGUGCUGAGACCUGUUCAUGAUCCUCAUGCCAAGAAGCCCUGCCUGGCGUGGUGGCCAGCAGAACUCACCUGCAUGUCACACAUUCAAUGGGCUUACUGUCUUCAACGUGCCCUUUGUAAAGAAUGAAACAUUUCUACCUGGACCAUAUCUGUUUGUUUGUUUGUUUUUUUGUUUGUUUUAAGCAUUCCCACCGUUUAAAUUGUUGUUAAUCGAUAUGCUUCUGGUGAGAUAUCACAGUAAUACAAGCAAAGCAACUUUAAGAGGAAAAAGACUCCAUGGAAGACCCUGAUGGUAUCUUCGCCCUGUGGCUCGAUUUCAGAGAUACUUUUUUCAUCGUGAGCUUCAAAUAUUUUAAUUUUUUUUUUCUCAUAGACAGAAGUCAGUAAUUCAGACAUACUUCAUUGCUGUUCCAGUCAUUUUUAGAAAGACUUGGAAGAAAAAUCAUGGUGGUUUGGUACCCAAAUCCCAUUGAUAUUUUUUUUGUAACAACAGGUGGCAGUUUGGGAACACAGAAAGUGGUAAAAAAAAAAUCA